AUGUUCAUACUUGAACUGUGUCUCAUUGGGCAACAAAUCAGCCCAACCGAAGCGAUCAAGAAGAAAAAGCUAAUGAAAAAGCUAAAAGAGAUUCUACCCAUUCUGUCCAUAUUAAAGCCUAAGAAAAAGAUCAUUAUUCCCAUACCUAUACCUAUUCCAUGUGCCGAUGUCAAUUUAGUGCCCUUUACUAACCUGCAACUCGAGCACCAAAACCCUUCAUCAACCCAACCCCCUGUUACUGAUGCCGGAAGUGUACCCCCUUUUAAAUACCCCUUUGCCUUUAGCCGCACCGCCUAUUAUAGCGGCGGUUGGACGCGACAGGUCACUGUACGCGAAUUGCCUCUAUCACGCAGAAUGGCCGGCGUACAAAUGAGAUUGAUCAAGGGUGGCGUACGUGAGAUGCACUGGCACGUUACUUCCGAGUGGGCCUAUGUGAUCCAGGGCACUUGUCGAAUCACCGCCGUGGAUGACAAAGCUAGAUCGUUUGUGGAAGAUGUGGGCGAGGGCGAUUUGUGGUUAUUCCCCGGCGGUAUUCCACAUUCUCUACAAGUAAAGUUACCAGUUAUUGCUUGUUGUGUAGAUAUACAAAAUCAUGUGCAAGAAUCCACGUUCGACAACCUGCCCCAACACGAGCUGUACAUAUUCGCCAGCGAACUGCCCCGACCUCUAAUGCAAGAGAAAGAGAUGGCCGCCGAGAAAACGGGUGAAGUACCGCAAUCUUACGCGUACUUCGCGUCGGCCCAACCGGCGAACGCCACGCGAUGGGGCGGUUCGGCCAAAAUCAUUGACAAACGCAACUUCCCGGUGACCGACAUCGCGGCCGUCAUUAUUACGCUCAAACCGGGCGGACUCCGGGAACUCCACUGGCAUCCAAACUCGGACGAGUGGAACUACUGCGUGUCGGGUAGAGUAACCAACAAACAUUUACAAUAA